AUGUUCUGCUUUGGGCCGUUGUUGCUGCUGUGCUGUGACCGCACUAACCCUCGUGUUAUCUUUUUUCUUCCUCCUUGUGCAUGGUGUGUGGUGAAUGCAUUUUUCAAUCAGGGACCCUACUUGGUGCACGGCGAGGAGCCUCAUGACGCUGAGCACGCCGGCCUGCACGACUAUGCAGGGCAGCCAGCUGGGCGUGGCCAUAUCCGCUCCCUACAACCUCCCUCACACUUUGCUGCCCGUGGCCUUUCCCGCCAGGAUACCUUUGAUGCGGAGAUGCAGGGCAGCCGUGAUUCCGCUUACACCGAUCCAGUGGAUUCCUGCAUGGACAUGGAGACCGAUCCCUAUGAGGAACCGGAGCCCCGUCGCCCGCAAUGCCUGGGCCACCGCCACCCCCAGUGCCAGGGCUCCUGGGAGGCUGAAGAGCCGGAGCCUCAUCGCACCCAAGGCCGGGCCCACCGCCGUCCCCAGAGCCAGGGCUCCUGGGAGGCUGAGGAGCCUGACCGACAAAACCACAACCGGCCUCUACGUGGGCGUGGCAAGGGGCGGGAGCGCUACUGCCAGAAUGAUGAGGAAGCCCUGGGCCACAACCACAACGAUGUGGAGGCCUGGGGGCAUGAUGCCUAUAUCCGCUAAGGCCCUGAGGGGCAGGGCUUUUAUCCACUGAGGGAGAGGCCUCUUCCCACUCAGGCCCUUGGGGACAGACGCUGUCUUCAGUCGUGGGGCACCUGGGGGUAGAUGCAAUCUGCAAGAGGAUUGACUGUCACCCCACAAGGUGGUUGUUUGUGGGCGUAGCAUUUCCAUCUCCAACGCUACACCAUCUCCGGCUAGGCCUGUCCGUGAACUCCCCAACCCACCAUUCUUGUUUGGGGACACCUUCCAUCCCCCUCAGCCUUGCCAUUUGUGCCAACAACCUCUCUGAGCACUCUUGUCCUGCCAGCCAGCACUGCCUGGGCUUUUCCCACAAGGUCAUGAAUAAUCACAUAUACCUUAAACUCCUCUUCCCACUCUGGGGAGUGGGGGUGGGUGGGAUUCCCCUGUGGACCUGGAGAGGGAGAGGGCCAGUCUCCAUCGGUGCCUAGGAUCACCCCAAACACUCGGGUAACAGCUGUGGUGGACAGCGGACCAUGUACUGCUCCUCCUCAGAUCCUGCCUGCCUGCCUGAGCCCCAGUCCAAGGCCAAACAGCUCCUAGAGUAAUAUGCCCCCCUCCCCUCUAUAAGUUUAUGCUGUCAUAGAUUGCUUCCUUAGCCUGUCUCAUGGUGCUGUUCCAGCCCAGCCAGUGGGGGAGGGGGCAAACGCCAGCUCCCAGUUUUCUGUCACAGGAUCUGCUCAUUGCAUGAUCCGCUCCAGUGCCUACAAAAGAAGUCCAGCCCUAACCACCUUAACCCCUUCAGCCCUAC